AUGGGGUGGACGCUGCAGAUCGGGAGCGCGCCGUUUGAGCCGCUGUUGACGGCGCUCGGGGCGCAGGACGACGACGGGCAGGCGGACCACUGGGUGUGCCCGAACCUGACGGCACUAGCGAUGCGUGGGUGUCACUCACACGGGGAUGGGGUCGCGAAGCUUGUGCAGAUGGUCGAGGCGCGGAACCCAGAGGCGGGUGGGGCGGGUGGCGGGGUCGUCCCGAUGCGACUGAAGCACUUGGAGCUGUACGACUGCACGACGCUCGGGCCGGACGUGCUGAAGUGGCUGAAGACGCGGAUCGAGGACGUGGUGUGCACGGAGCCGGCGUUUGACGGGUGA